GCGGCAUCCCGCUGGGAGGCGGCAUCCCGCUGGCCCAGCCCGCGGCCGCGGUCGACCGGUGGGGCCCGGCGCGCGGCGAGGAGAGGUGAACGGCCACUGGCUCGCGGCCUUCGCGGCGGCCCCGGCGCAGGCCGACCUGGCCCGGCAGGGCGGGCCGCGGCAGCCCGCGCUGGCCGACGCCAGCCGGGCAGCGUCGCCAGCGCCGGGCGCCCCGGCGGGCCUGGGCAGGCCGCCGCGGGCGCGGCUGCCGAGCCCGGACGCCUCGGAGGGGUCGUCGGCGUUUGAGUCGGCGGCGUCCACGCCGAGGCAGCACUUCCCGGCGGCCCCAGCGGACGGGGACUCCGCCUCGGGCGCCCUUCCAGGGACGUUGCCGUGGCAGCCGUGA